AUGGCAGCAGACUUUGAGCAGCAAUCCUACUGGCAUUACCGCUUCCGCUCCGAGACGGCCUUUGAGUGGCUCCUCUCGUCCGUCGACUUCCUCCAGCUCAUCGACCGGCCCGUCCUCGCCACCCUCCCCCGGUCCGCGCCCAUCCUGCACGUCGGCGCCGGCACCAGCGACCUGCACAACCACCUGCGGCGGCGCGGCUUCCUCGACGUCACCAACGUCGACUACGAGCCGCUGGCCGCGGACCGCGGCCGCGAGCUCGAGCGCCGCGCCUUUGGCGACGUGCGCAUGCAGUACACCGUGGCGGACGCGACCCGGGACCUGGCCGGCGCCGCCGCCGGCGGCUUCCGGCUGGUCUUGGACAAGAGCACCUCUGACGCGGUGGCGUGCGGCGGCGACGAGGCGCUGCGGAGGAUGUGCGACAGCGUGCGCGGCUGCAUCGCGCCGGACGGCGCGUGGAUAGCGCUGAGCUUCUCCGCGGAUAGGUUCCGGCUGAGUGGGCUGCCGUUCGACGUCGAGGUCCUCGCCAAGGUCCCCACGCCAAAGGCGAGGGAAACGGAUCCAGACGUCUUUUACUGGUGCUAUUGCCUACGACCGAGGUAG